CAAGAAUUCUGUUCAUAAGAAAGCACUGAAGUUACAUUUUAAAUGACUUGGAAUGAGGCUAGGAAUUUGAACUUAUACUCUAUUGCAGAGGCUGAUGAGGCUGGUCGACCAAUGGAGCCAUCCCAAUUAUUUGCGGCUAAUUAUCUUCUUCUGUCUUAUUCUGAAGACAGAAUCUUUGUUUACCCUGCCGGUGGUGGAGCACACCGUUCCCCGUGACACAGUUAAUAUCAAGGGUAGUCUUUUUCCUCCUGUGCAUAUUACUGUGGAUGGUUGGCAUGAAAGACCGAAAAAGGAGACGAAAAGAGAGACAAUUAUCCUUCCGAUUGAACACAAGAAGGAGAAGAUCAUCACUGUGCCUGUGCCGGCACAACAUGAAAGUCCCGUGGAAGACACACUAGGAAAGCUCAUGUUGAUGAAAGCCAAGUUAACUGACAUGAAACUGAAGACGAAAAGAUACCAAAUGAAAAUGAUGUACAAAAAGCACAAAGCCAGAGUAAAAGCAGACAUGGAAAAAGAAAGAGAACCGAAGAAAUUCAUAGCUCCAAUAAAAUAUCCUUAUACCCCUCAACGGUUUCCAAAUCGGCUAUAUCCACAGUUCUAUGUAUUUAAUCCUGCACAGAUACCGCUGCCAGGAUUUCCUACGCUUCCAUCUGUAAUUCCUCCUCUUCCAAUACCUCCUCCUCCUCCCCUCCCCCUCCUCCUCCUCCCCCUCCACCUCCACCACCCCCCUCCACCCCCCCUCCCACCUCCUCCUCCCCCUCCUCCUCCCCCACCUCCUCCUCCACCGCCACCUCGUCCACCACCUCCACCUCCACCUCCACCACCGCCGCGGCCACCACCUCCAGGAAGACGAUGGCCUAAUGAUAAUUAUGAUUAUUACGAUAAUACACCAUCUCGUUCCAAUCAUCAGUAUAGAAGCUAUUAUAACGAGGAUUAUUACAAGCAUAAGAACGGAACGAAACGUUGGUUCACUGAGAAGAUGGAAUCGUUAAAAGACCAUGUGCACAGGAUGAAAGCUUACCACCUCGAAAAAAUGAAGUUGAAGCUAGCUAUGAAACAUAAACAUCAGCAACCUUUUCCAGUUCCUUACCCUGUUCCGGUUCCUGUACACAAACCGCCUAAGCCUGAAAAUGAAUAUGAUGUUUCUUAUUAUGAUGAACAUGAUUACGAAACAGUAAAUGACGACAAGAAAGAAGAAACGCAUGAAGAAGAAGAAGACUAUGAAUUUGAUGAAUAUGAUUAUGAUGAGGGUGAUUACGAUUAA